UCCUGUCACAAUGCCCAAGGAACUUUUUCUCCUCUCGCUGGUGAUAGAGCUCUGGGGUCUUUAUCUGACACCUGCUGCCUCACAGGAUACAAUAAUAGGGGCUUUGGGCCAGUCGGUGACUUUGCCUUGUCACCACCCAUCCUGGUCCCGGCACCGCAACAGCAUGUGCUGGGGCAAAGGCGCAUGUCCCAACUCCAAGUGCAACGAAGAGCUUCUCCACACAGAUGGAGCAAAAGUGACCUCCAGGAAGUCGGUUAAAUACUCACUUCGGGGGAUUGUCUGGCGGGGCGAUGUGUCCUUGACCAUCACAAACACCAAUCAAGGUGACAGUGGCAUGUACUGCUGCCGUAUAGAGGUGCCUGGCUGGUUCAACGACAUCAAGAAGACUGUGCGCCUGGAGCUGAGGAGAGCCCCAACAACCCCAAGACCAACAACAACCUCUCGCCCAACCACCACCCCUUAUGUGACCACCACCACCACCACCACAGAAAAGCUUCCGACAACAGUCAUGACCACACCCGAGCCCACAGCUGCAACCCCACCUCAGACACUGGCCACCACUGUCCUCACAACGGUAGUCACCACAUGCCCCUCAACAAUACUCAGCUCCUCUUCGCCAGAAACCACAAGGUUUGCAACCCCUGAGAUCUUCACCGAGGGGUCUGCCUUCCCUGCAGAACCAGAAACCAUUUCUUCAUCCAACCACUCUCAAAGAAGCGUGGAGACCACGGCUGCAGACCCAGCCUUACUCAUACCCACAGGGUCCAAAGAUUGGAUUCUCCCAUCAACUUCACAGAAAACGGCGGUAACGGGAAGUGAGCCUUUUUGGGGAAAGGUUGCAUCAAAUCAGAGCGACAGACAGACCAACAUCUUGAUCAUUGCUUGCUGUGUGGGGUUUGUGCUGAUGGUGUCAGUGCUUCUGGGAUUUCUCCUUCGAGGGAGAGUCACAGAAGCCAAUUGUUUGCCGAGACACAAGAGGCCAGACAACACUGAAGAUUGCAAAGGUGUGCUCAAUGACAUAUCCCACGGGAGGGAUGAUGAAGAUGGAAUCUUUACUCUCUAACUUGUCACCUUUUCUUAGGAUUAAGCACCGGGGGAUGGCAUUUGAAUUGUCAAAAUAAGUUUGGGGACAUUGCAAUUUUCAUUUAAAG